GGUUCCAGACGAAAGUCUCCCAUACGGAGGCAGGACACAGAGCUGAAGAGCUGAAGACUGAAGAGCUGAAGACUGGUUAAAAGCGCGCCGGGCGGCGGGGCGCAUGGUUUUUUUGCAGCUCGAAUGCAAAAGCCAGAGCCAUUUUGAUAUAUGACCAUCCUCAUGCAAGCAGACGAGGUCGGACCGUGAGGGAGACCUUCUCUGCAGACUCCAGCUAGCCUGGGGGAGCUAGGCAGAGCUGUCUUCGUCCACUCUCAGGUUUUGCCGUCUGGGCAUGGUGUGGAAAGCAAAGCAGAAGGAAGGUUGGCAAGCCACUUGUGUUUGCAUGCAAGCGGUGGCAACGACAUGUAACCAUAGCUUGUUUCACAAAAGGGUUCUCAGGAACAAAACCAGACUUUUUGGGCAGACAUAUGUUUUCUGAGGGGACAAUGGCAAAGUCCAUUUCUAGAAACCUGUCCGCUUUCAGCCGGCCCCAGAACUCGUUGAGGAGCCUCCUCUCAGGACAACAGGAUGUCACAGACAUGGCCCCGCAAGUGCAGAGGGGAACAGUAACAUCCUCUAUCAAAGAAUUAUCCAGUCUAGCUAAUGUUGUCUGCAGACAAUGUGCCAAGAUCCUCCAAGUAGGACUGGAGGAGCUGCGUGAGCAGUUUGAGUCUGAAGCUUCCGCUGCUGCUAAGGAGCCCCAGCGCUUUGCCCGCAACUUCCUGGAGUAUGCCUGUUUCAAAGCCCUGGCAGUUGCCAAUCAGGGCACAGAUCCACCCUUGAGAGACCCAGGAUUCCGAAGGCUCACCUACGACAUGAUGGUGGCGUGGGAGACACCAAAAGCAAGCCAGAAGCCAGUCACAAAGAUCGAGAAUGAGACCAGCGUGGGCUUAGAGGCCUUUGCCAGGCUGGCACCUGCGGUGGCCGUUGCAGCAGACAGCAUCACGGUGCACUACCUGUUUGAUGCCCUCAACGGCAGCUCGGGCCGCCUCUUGACGUACCCCACCUAUGAAAGGUACCUGGUGGAGCUGGACAGGACGAUUCGGAGCAUUCGCAGCAAUCACACUGCCACGGCAGCGGCGCAGCUGGGCCUGCAGAAGGGCGAGUCGGUGAUUGAGGUCGACGGCAACACUACCACGCCGGUGCUGCAGCACGUGCGGCUCUCGGCCUGGCCUGGCCGCCUGACACUCACAGAUCAUGCAGUGUACUUCGAGCCUAGCGGCGUGAUGGCAUAUGACACAGCCUCCAAGUUCGACCUCACGAGCGACUCGAAACAGCAGAUCAAAGCUGACCUGACAGGACCGCUGGGAGCCAAGAUCUUUGACAAAGCUGUCGUCUACUCGUCGAAAGCGAGGCCCGAACCGGUGGCCCUCGAGUUCCCGGAGCUCACGGGCAACACGCGGCGCAACUACUGGCUGGCGUGCAUGCAGGAGAUCCUGGCAGUGCACGCGUUCACGCGCACGCACCACCUCGAGGGCAUUGCGCGCCAGCAGGCCCUUGCGCGCGCCGUCCUCGGCAUUGCGCGCCUCAAAACUAUCUGGACCAUGACCCGGGCGCUCCCGCCGCACCCCACGCAGCUGCUGACGUUUGUGUCGGCGGACUCGCUGCCGAGCGGAGACAAGGUGCUGAAAGUGCUCGCGAGCAGCCUGCAAGCGCAGGCGGAGGCGGUCGGUGACACCCCGAGGGAUCACCUGCAGAAGAGCGCAGCGGAACCUGCUCGCGACGGGGACGACCGUGCAGCUGGAGACUCGUUCGCCGCUUCGAGAGGCGCUGCGAACAGCAACUCAGGGCGGCUCGAGAAAAUGAAGGCGGCCAUACGGAUGACGGUCACUGGGGGCGACGACGGAGGGGGAUCCCCCCGGUCACUACUGGAGGACACGGGCAUCGUGGUCGGCGACGAACUCGUGGGGGGCGAGACGGAACUAGAGCGAGCGCUAGCACAGGCACGGAGCCACAACAAGGCGGUGGAGCGCGCCAAGGCCUCGGUCGAGCUGGCCAAAUUCGAGGGGAUUGGGAACAACGUCGCGCUUCUAAAGGAGCUAGCCGUGCCCUUCAUUCUGCUCUGGGGAGUCUUCGACUCUCUUCGGAAGUGGGACGACCCGCCCAAGACGAUGAUCUUCAUCUCCGCCGUUAUGUACCUUAUCUACUCCGACUGGAUCCGAUAUGCGGUCCCCGUGUUCCUCCUCCUGAACGCGGGCUUCAUCCUGUAUCUGCGCUACAUCAAAAAGUUCGGGCGCGGCAACACGCCCAUGGUGGUGGUUCCCGCGCCGCCGCCGUCCAGCACCGUGGGUCAGCUCAUGAGUCUGCAGCAGGCCAUCGCGUUUGUCGAGUACGCGCUGCAGGACGUCAACAUCGCGCUGCUCAAGACGCAGGCGCUCUUCUUCUCCGAGUUCACGCAGGCCACGGACCAGCUGUUGGCUGCUCACGUCAUCGCUGCCCUCGCUCUUCUAGUUUUCCCAUUCAAGUUAGUUUGCGUAGGCUGGUUCUUGGACACGUUCACCAAUGAGCUUGAGUUCCGGCGAGAAAGCACAAGAAAGUUUAUCCGGAGAAUGAAGGAAUGGUGGUACAGCAUACCAGUGGUACCUGUGAAGUUCGUCCAAUCGGAGGCAGAAGGCGAGGAUGGAUAAUUGUUGCUUUAUCAGAAUAGUGUACCAGCAUCCCACUGGUCACUGCAUGUAUAAUGACAAGCAAAUAGAUUCUGCAGGACACUUGCGUGCAUGCUGAAAGUAAAAACCUGUCGGCAACGCCACCAAGUUGUAACGUUUCAAAUAAACGGACUCCGAAGUAAGUAAACUCUAAAUUUUGUGUUUGUUACGAUUGGCUUUGUGCUCUAGAAGCCAGGAUCCUGUAAGCUGUCGUUGCCAGGGUCAUUGCCAG